AUGCCAUGCCAUGAGUUCAAUGAGCUGGAGUACUUCAGCUACAAUCCUGUCUUGGGUUACUACAAGUAUUUCAAGUUAAAUUAUUGGGGGUAUUCAACUAUCAAUUACUUCUCACCUAAGUUGAGAUAUGCAUCUGUUGGUGGUCGUAAUGGUGGCCUUGAUGCAAUAAAUGAGUUCAAACAACUUAUUAAAGAGGCACACAAACGUGGAAUCGAGGGUGUUGAUAAUAGUGUUUUUUAUAUGCUUGCACCUAAGAUAUUGGAAGAUGAUUUACUGACAACUGGCUCAUCUCUCACCAACCCACCAUUAAUUGACAUGAUUAGCAAUGACCUAAUACUUCGAGGAGUGAAGCUUAUAGCUGAAGCAUGGGACUGUGGAGGCCUUUACCAAGUUGUAAGGCAGUUCAUUAAGGGUACAGAUGGAUUUUCUGGUGUUUUUGCUGAAUGGCUUUGUGGGAGCCCUAAUCUAUACCAGGAAGGUGGUAGAAAACCAUGGAAUAGUAUAUACUUCAUAUGUGCACAUGAUGGCUUUACACUGGCUGACUUAGUUAUGCAUAGUGACAAACAUUACCUUGCAAAUGGUGUAGACAACAAAGAUGUAGAAAGUCACAAUAAUAGCUGGAAUUGCGGGCAGUCUUAA